AUGGCGACGGUGACAGCGUUACGGCUUUACGGGCGGGAACAGAUCCAGCUUGACAGGAUUGAGCCCGUACCAUGCCAAGCAGAUGAGGUCCGCUUACGCAUCGCUUACUGUGGGAUCUGUGGCAGCGAUAUCCACGAGUAUCUGAGCACUCCAAUAUUCGCUCCAGCGUCAGGCAAAGCCAAUCCAUGGACGAAAGUCUCCCUGCCCGUCGUCAUGGGCCAUGAGUUCUCCGGCACCAUCGUCGAGGUUGGCAGCAAAGUCACAGACCUACGAGCUGGACAAGAAGUCUGCGUCAAUCCAUCUCUUGACGAUAGACAUUACACCCUCCCAGACUGCUCCCGAUGCAGCGAGGGCAAACCAAACAUCUGUAAACGAUGGGCGACAUAUGGUCUCAAUGCCGUAGGCGGUGGCUUUGCUGAUGAGAUUGUUGUCAAACACUUCAAUUGCUUGCCUCUCCCUCAAGGCGUCUCUCUGAAACUGGGCGCAUUGGCAGAACCGUUGGCGGUCGCCUGGCACAGCAUCAGGACCUCCAACUUCAAGAAAGGCCAGACUGCUCUAGUCCUCGGAGCUGGCCCCAUUGGCCUCGCAAUACUGUUGCUACUUCGAACAUGGGGCGCAGGCAAAGUCAUCAUUACCGAAGUUACUGAGCAACGUUCGAAACAAGCCAAGCAGUUCGGAGCUGAUAUGGUGGUUAAUCCACUUGAAAAAGCGAAGGGUGGAGAUGGCCAAGAGCAGGAUCCGGUCCUUGAGGCCGUACACAGCUUUUCCGAAGACGGUGUCGAUGUCACUUUCGAUGCGACUGGACUGCAGUCAACAUUAAAUACCGGUCUUGCGGCGGUACGGCCGGGCGGUGUAUUCUUCAAUGUGGCUAUUCAUGAGAAACCACUUCUUCUGAAUCUGAACGACGUCUUCAUACUGGAGAAGAAGAUCCUUGGUGGCAUAUGCUAUACACGGGAGGACUUUGAGCAGGUUUUGAAGGCAAUGGCGUCUGGUGAGAUUCCAUUCGAGGAUAUGAUCACUGCUGUUGUACCUUUGAGCGAUGUGGUCUCGGGAGGGUUUCGAGAGCUGAUGAACAAUAAGGCUAAACAUGUCAAGAUUCUCAUACAACCAGGUAAUGGAGCAUAA